CCAAUCAAAACCUAAACGACAAGAGGUUCCAUCGUUUUCGUACUUUCCUGUCACCACCGCCAUUCUAAGCCCACUCGUUCACCUGAGCCGCGACGACGAAGAUGAAGGCGAAUCUGUAAGGCUUAGGGUUUAUCGGAUUGUAGCAAUACGAAGAGCAAGAGGAAGCUGCUUUUUCGUGGAAGAUCAAUAAUGGCGCAAGACUCGGAGAAGAGAUUCCACCAGAUCAUGGACAAGCUCUUUACCCCGGCGAAAUCUCAGCUUCCUUCUUCCUCCACUAGUUCACCUGCAGAGCAACAAUCAAGAGGCAAGAAGCGUCCAAAUCCUUCAUCUGCGUUAGCACUCGUUAAGCCAAGGACGGGAUUAGCUACCAUUGAUAGGUCUUCUUCAGCUUUGAAAGCUCCCGCCGGUACAUCACCUUCUGGUCUUUGCAGGCCAUGGGAUAGAGGAGACCUUAUGAGGAGGCUAGCUACUUUCAAGUCCAUGACAUGGUUUGCCAAACCCCAGGUUAUCAGUGCUGUAAAUUGCGCAAGGAGAGGGUGGGUGAAUGUUGACAAUGAUACUAUAGCUUGUGAAUGUUGUGGAGCUCAUCUUUACUUUUCAGCCCCAUCUUCUUGGUCAAAGCAACAAGUGGAGAAAGCAGCAUCAGUCUUCAGCUUAAAGUUGGAUAAUGGACACAAAUUGCUCUGUCCAUGGAUAGAGAAUGCAUGUGAAGACACGCUUUCUGAGUUUCCUUCAAUGACACCGCAGGAUUUAGUCGAUAGACAUGAAGAACGGGCAGAAUCUUUACUUGAACUUUUAGCCCUGCCUAUUAUUUCUCCAUCUGCCAUUGACUAUAUGAGGAGCUCCGAUCUGGAGGAAUUUCUCAAACGACCUAUUGCACCUGCAUGUGGCGACACGGCAGCCGAAUGUUCUCAAACAGAAUCACUUAUCAAUCAUGUUGGAGCGAGUCCGUCUCAACUUUUCUACCAGGCACAGAAACUUAUCAGUUUAUGUGGCUGGGAACCGCGGGCACUUCCUUAUAUUGUGGACUGCAAAGAUAAAUCGGGUGAGACUGUUAAGGGUACAGAUACUAUUGAUUUACUUCCAGAAACUGCUACCCGCGAGCUUCUAAGUUCCUCCAAUUCAACCCCAAAUCCAAAUGGAAUAUCAGGGAAUAGUGAAAUCCCAACAGUGCCAGAUACAUUAAACUCUGAUCCCAGUUCUGUUGUACUGGACUGUAAGCUCUGUGGAGCCUGUGUUGGACUCUGGGUGUUCUCUACCGUUCCGAGACCACUAGAAUUGUGUAGAGUCACUGGUGAUACCGAAGUUAAUACAGUGAAUAACUCCAGCGUCGGUACUCUUCAAAAACAAACUUCAAGCUUAAAGUUUACCAUAGCAGGAGGACCCCCAGCAACAAAGCAAAACUUCAAAGCAACUAUAUCGCUGCCUAUUAUCGGCAGGAACUUGAGGUCGAGGUUUGCUUCUUACUCUAGAGAUCGCGAUCAUGGGACUGCCAGUUCUAUUCAGGAUGAACAGAGUAAAACUGCAGAGACCAAUGGUGGUGUCUCAGAAAAUAGUGAUCUAGCAAUGAUUUGUGUAGGAGAGAAGGUUGAUGGAGGAAGAAACGCAUCUGAUAUAGACACUUAUAGUACACCACAAAGCAAAGACAAGCAACUGAUGGUAGUAAGAUCAAAUCUUCCUGAAAACAACAAACAGCAGGAUUUAACUCCAGAUAAAUCAGCUACUUCAAACAAACAGAUGGAAUUUGAUCCAAUAAUGCAGCAUAGGCAUUUUUGUCCUUGGAUUUGGUCAACAAGUAGAAGAGGCCCUGGAUGGCGACAGACUCUGUCUGCAAUACAACGCCAUAAAGGAUCUUGUCAGACUCCACCAUCACCUUCGUCCCUCUUCAAGGUAGACGAUCCGUUAACAUCUGUUCGGAAUCUGUUUAAGUCGCCAUCCCCGAAGAAGCCAAGACUGAACAGAGGAUCUUCAAGCUGAGACACCAGCGAUUUUGUUCCCGAGUCCUCUUGGUCUACGCUGCACCCGGAAAAUUUGAAACUUGAAAAACUGUAACAUUCAUGUGUUUGUUAUUUACGGAUUCCUUAAAAGGUUAGACCCAUUUGAAAUUGCUAAAGCUUAUAAUAUGUAAACACGUAAAGUCAUAAAGAGUUUGUAUCAGAGUUUUUUUUUAUCAAAGUCUAGACAUUAGAGAUUCGUCAUUGCAUUUGUAGACAAACUUUUCAAAAGACAUUGUUAAA